UUUUGCACGCAACAGCCCACGGAGCUUUUAGCUGUUUAAUUAGCUCGAAAGGUAAGUAAAACUGUCAUGGUUUAAAUGAGACACAUACCUCAUUUUCAAGGGAUAGAAAAGUCCUCGGGACUGAGUACCGCAUCAUCGUGUGGACACAAACUGUUUUCAUGAGCAAGUCCGAAGUCCACCUUUCUCAUUCUCAUAGCUCUCCAGAAUAAACACACUCGAACUCUUACACCACUGAAACAAGCACCUCCGACCCAUUUGAACGCCUCUCUCAUCUACUACAUAUGUAGGAAAGCACCACAUGCUGUCAUGAAUAAUUAAGAGACAACAUCUUCUCAUAUGAUAAGAAAAUGCAAGGCUCAUGACUGAGACCCCGACAAGUCAUCGAAGUACUAUAGUACAUUGCCACGUCACUACCUGUGGCCGAGAUUUUAAACCAGGAAGAUGAAAAUAGCAGACAAAAGCUCAAAAUUAACCAGCUUUCUCCUACAAUUAAAAUUAAGAGAUGCUAAGAUUGUCUUGUAUGAUGUGCAAUAUGAACACCUCUGUUAAAAUCUCAGAAAAUUUUGUUUAGUGUUUCAUGACUAUUUAAGGAGGGAGGUACAAUCAACAUGGCACCUCACACUGUGAACAAUAUACCCCUUCUACCCCUACUGUUUAUAGCAGUAUUGGCUAGAUCAAUUAAUAUACAGACACAGUACUUGGUUAAGUCUAAACCAUUAACCAUGCUAAUUGCUGCUUUGUGAAAAUAAUGAGCAAUGUUAUAACACUGCUCCCUAUUGAUCGUUGUACUAUACUGUGCUGCAGUGUCAGUCCACAACAUUACAUGAAUGUUCACUAUAAUAGUAACAACUAAUAACAGUAUUAGUAGCCACUCAUGGCUGUAACUCUAAAGGUGUGGAUAGCUAUUUAUGAGCUUUAUGUGCAAAGAAAAGACAUGCGUCCUUGUUUUUAAUUACAAUUCUCACGUCGACCGUACCGAGGCGGGGAGUAACGUCAUUACCACCUGCAAAUGAUCACUUACAAGGUACCAUGAACGUAGCAAUAGAGCGCCGCUUGCUGUAGCGCUCAGUUUGCAGCUGGCGCAUGCGUUGCGUUAUAAAUUUCGCCGUUACACAUAUCUGAACGCAACGACGCGUGAAACUUGUAGCUCGACGCGUAUGCGUUCGCGUCGAUACGUAGGGUACGUUUCGGCCGUAACUCGGAAUACACAUUUUGGAGGUAUGCGCGAGACUGUCCGAGAGUACUCACAUAUACACGGCGCAUGCGCACAUUUUUCUUUUCUUUUUCUUUCUUUUUGCGCAUGCGAGUUUAAGCGUAAUGCGUGGACUUCAGCGCGUCAACUUUCGCGUUACACCUUCGGUCGGUAGAAGUGCUGGAUAUUACUGCUAAGUUGAAUUUGAAUCGCCGUUGAACGGCGAUUAUGCUGCGAGAUGAAUCGACACUGCACACAAGGACGACAAAAUGUUGAAAUCACGAAGAAUGAAAGCGAAAUCUAAGGAGGACUAUGUUGUAUGUGUUGGCAUCAGUUGGCUGAAGAAUUCAACAUGCAUCACAGAAUCAGGUAGUUGGAGGUCCAACAGUGCAGUAGCAAGCAAGCUGAAACGUUCAAAAAGGAAAAACAAUGUUUAUUAUUUAUUUGACAUUUUCAAUUAAGAUGGUAAUAUCCUGACUCAAGACCACAAGCCAGAGAAAGAAAGGAGAAUACCUUUUAUGCUUGGUAUCCAGUAUUUCUGGAUCCCAGAUUUCAGUCUUUUCCGUCUGCACUUUGGGGAUCAUGGACUUGAUGAUUCGAUAAUGUCUAUAAAAGAAAUGACAAAAUGACAGUGGGAAGAAUUGCUGGAACUUUGUAACAUGUGAGCCUGUAGUAGAUCUCUUAAAUAUUGUACUUGGUUUCAAAUGGAAAGUUUAGAUGUUCAUGGCAUUUGCAUAUCUACAGUUUCCAAUUUAGCUUUCAAGAACACUUGAAUGUUAUUCAUCCCACAUCUUUUUUCACUUUUUUUGUUGAACUGUUUGUUACAUCAGAUUUUAAGUUUUGGUUGAAUAGACAUGGCGUAUCAUUCACUUGAUUUUUCAACUGGAAAUGAUUUCAUCUGCACAGAGUGUGGUGAAGGGUUUGGUCAGUACCCAAAACUGAUCAAUCACAUGGCUAAUCAUGGACCCAUUGGCCCAUUUUCUUCCAUUUCUGAAACUGCAGCUAACGGUUGUGAGAAACCUAUUGAAUUUGCACUUCAUGAAAAUGGAACACUCACAGUGGUUGAUAGAUCCGCUUUAUCAAACUUUUCAUUCUUAUUUGGAAAACCCAUGUCAAAAUUAUUGUCAAACCAAGCACAUUAUCAGGAUUCCUUGCCUUCAAACAAAAUGGCAGAAAGAGACCAUGCCCAGUGUAGAUGUGAGAGAUGUGGCCAAGUGUUUAGGAACCAGAGAAGUUUACAACAGCAUCAGCGAUAUCGUCCCCUUGAGCAAGGUUUUAAAUGUACCUUAUGUUGCAAAGAUUUUUAUGAUAGAGAGAGCCUUCGUGGGCACCUUCAGAAUCAUGCACAUGAACGUUUUUACAGUUGUGGACAUUGUGGAAAACGAUUCUUGAGACAAGAGACCUUGUUGUUACAUCAGAAAGAAUGGCAUGGGUCACUUGGAUCCAAGAGUUCCAGUAAAUUUGAUGAGGACCGUGAAAAUGGUAUAGAUAAAUCAUAUCCUUGCAAGAUUUGUGGCUUGCGUUUCUUUUGGUUAUCAGACCUGCAGAGCCAUUUGCUUAAUCAUUCUCAUGUCAGUAAAGCAACUGAUGAUCCCACACAAAAAGAGAACAUGCAGGAACAGGAUGAGAGCAGCCCUAAGAAAAAUGCCUCCCAUUCUCCUGAUGAUUCUACUACUGACCGAUCAUAUCGUUGUGGCUUAUGUGGAGGACACUUUAAUUGCUUGUCAGAUUUGAAAGAGCAUCAUCUUUCAGAUCAUCCAGAUGAGGACUCUUCUGAACCAGUACCUGAGAUUAGACGACAUUCUGUUAAUUAUUAUGGUAUAAUGCGUCAAAUGGUUUCAAAACACCAAACUCAACGAAUGGAUCUAUUGAGGCCACGAAUGAGAGGUAGACCAAGAGGAGGUGCUACCAGAGGUAAUCCACACUCUAAGGUAUUCCCUUGCAAACAAUGCCAUCGUGUUUUUGUUCACUCUAGUAGCCUGUCUCGUCAUAUGCGAUACCAUAAGGGUACCCUUCAUACAUGCCUUUAUUGUGGUAGACACUUUCCACAAAGAUGUGAUGUCACAAGACACGUUGCCAUGUACCAUAGUUCAGACAUAAAGCUUAAGGCAGAUGGUGAAAAAUUAGACCAUGAAGAUGAAACUGCUACACAUGAGUCUCCAAAAACGCAGACAAGCAAUGACAGUGAUCAUGAAGGUCAGGACAAUGAAGACCAGCAGUCACCAAAACCACCAGACAAAGAUGAGCUGUCAGAUACUCAAGAGACAUCUCAACUCAAGCCACGGAUGACCUACAAAUGCAAAGACUGUGGUCGAGUCUUUAGGCUACUUAGCGUAUUUCAGCGACAUGGGCGUUACCACAGAAUAAACCCCUCUCGGGUAUUGCUAAGCUGUCCUCAUUGUCCAUGUCGCUUCACCUUCCGCUCUGCUCUAGAGCGCCAUCUAGAGAAUCAUGAUAAAGAAGGGUCUGAGAAGCAUGGUCAAGAAGCAUCUCCAACUGCAGAGGCCAAUAUGGAGUAUUUAGAAAAUGAAGACGAUUUGAGUGUUGAAAGGAGCGAGUCAGAAGCUGAUUCAAAAGAGAGUACAUCAACAGACGUGUUGUAUGAAUGCACUGAAUGUACUGAGACCUUCACAGAGCUACAGCUAUUCCUCAAACAUCAAAGCUCUCAUGGUUGAAAGAUAUUUGAAGAAACAAUAUAAUAUACCUUGAACUAUUGAUUUAACUGUUUGAUACAAUGCCACAUCUGCAAUGAACAACAAAUCAAGUACAUACUGAUUUCAACAAGGUUUUUCUGAAUUAAUUUCUUGUUUUACAAUUAUGCUAUUUUGAGAGAGUAGGGGUCAGAUCUUGGUUGAAUCAAAGAGAAUGCUAAAUUGUAAUAUAAUGCUAUAGUGCUAAUUCUAAGCCACCAGCUGUCUACGCAUCUUUAUUUUUCCCUCUGUUACUCAUUAACCUUGAAACAUUCAAUUUGUCCUCUACAGAAUCUAAGAACAGCUCAUAUCUGCCUUUGCAGUGUGUACACUUUUGAUAGUGAAUGUCUUCAAAGCUGCCAGUUACUGAUGUCCAAGACAAUCCCACAGAUUUUGUGAACAUGUUUUUCUUACUCUGAUAAUUACUGUCAAACAUUGUACUAAAUAUAGACACAGCAUGGAACAUGCGUAGAAAUGUUUAGUGCCCUUUCUUGUUUUCCUAGAGUAGGCCCUGAUUAAAUUAUUGGAUGGUACAGUGGCCAUAUAAAUAACUGUUUCCAUUCUUUUAACAAUAAAAAAAACAGGUGUGCAGUUUAAAAAAAAAAAAAAAACACCCGUUACCCAGUAUUUGUAUGCACAAUGCUAUCAGGUUAUAUAGCCUCCUUUACAACAAGAGAUAAUGCUGAAAAAGUACUGCCAAAUUUAUUGUUGACACCCAAAAUGUACCCUUACCAACAGUCUGGUCCUGCCUUUUGCUCCUGCCUGGUUCAGGCAUUAUUGUAGAAGUCCAGGCUGAAGUAGUGUUGGUUGCCUGCAACAAGUUUUGUUGGAACCCAGGGUACGGUGGUAAGUUGGUGGUAUGAUGCAGUACAUAUUGCAGAUUUGUUCUGAGAGCUUCCUUGGUACUGGGCUGGCAACUAGACAGCUGAAGAGAAAGCAUGUUUGUAUACAUAAUGUGCCCAAAGUUCCUUGCCAAGGUAAAGUGCUUUUCAUUCAAGAGAGUAACAUCUAAUAUAAUCACUGCAUUUGCAGUUAGGAGGACAGUAGACAUUUGAGGACAAGUCAGUUCUGAGACUAUCUUGUCCUGCUGUAAAGACUAUAUAUACAAAGUAGGGCUGGUUGCAAUUCUACGAGCUCAUUCUCGGACAGUGGGUUUUGGUCCAUGAUGGUCCACCUUUGCACCACUAUGUAAACAGCAACUUUACCUGAAAAUACCCUGGGACUGAUAACCAUUAUAUGGGAAUAUAACUGUAUACCCCUUGUGUCCAAAGCCACAGACUAUGUUCUUCAGUGAAUACCAGGGUCUAAAAUGAAGUAUAGGUGAUCAUUUUCAUCAGGUCAACACUUAAGUAUUAAUGUCUCACUUUUUAUGCACGAGUCCUUCACUGUUCUGGCAAAUUGUGAAAAUUGUUACUAAAUGGCCACCUUAUUUGUUUCUGUGGCAUGUGGGUGAUUUCUUUUUUUAAUAAUGGCUAAAACUGCAGAUCUCUUGCAUACUUGUAUUAAUAAAAUUUGUUAUCUGACCUCA